CCUAGGUAAUGUAUAGCAAUAUGGCGGAGGAAGAAGUUGAUGGUCUGGCACUUACCAUACCCGUUUCCGAGCUACGGCAGCUCAUGGAAAUUAGGAAAGCGGAACUCGCAAAGACAAUUAAGACGAAAUACACGGACAAUAUAGGACUAUGUCAAAAACUACGCACAUCACCAACACAUGGUAUAAGCGGUAGCCAGGGCAUGAAACUUGACCUAGACCAAAGGAUGGAAAAAUAUGGCCGGAAUGAAAUCCCUCCCAAGCCACCCAAGUCCUUUAUACAGCUGAUGUGGGAGGCCGUUCAAGAUGCUACCCUUAUCAUGCUUGUUAUAGCAGCUUUCAUCUCCUUAGGACUAGCUUUCUUACCAACCUCAUCACACCAUGAAGCAGGGGAGACGGAAGCCCAGUGGAUCGAGGGUUUUGCCAUCCUCCUGGCCGUUAUGGUUGUCAUCUUAGUCACGGCUUUCAACGAUUGGUCCAAGGAGAGACAAUUCCGAGGGUUGCAGAACAAGAUUGAGUCUGAGCACAAAAUCACCGUCAUACGAGCUGGGGAAGCCAUCUUAGUCAAAGUUACUGAAAUUGUAGUCGGUGAUGUCUGUAUGAUAAGAUAUGGUGACCUUUUACCAGCCGAUGGUAUUGUUAUACAGAGUAAUGACCUCAAAGUUGACGAGAGCUCAUUGACGGGUGAAUCCGAUGCCAUCAAAAAGAGUGUUGAAAAGGACCCAGCACUACUCUCAGGAACUCAUGUUUUGGAGGGGAGUGGUAAGAUGGUAGUAACAGCAGUUGGCCUCAAUUCACAAACAGGUCAAAUCUUCUCAUUGCUACUUGGUGUCAAAGGUCAAAAGCCGGAGGAAGAUGGUGUUGCCGAUAGAGCCGUUGUCAAAGUACCAGCAGAUGGUAACAACAUUGAUGAAUCAGCAACGGGGGCCGCCAACAGUCGUGGUCCUAACCCAGAGAAGGAAGCCAUGCUGCAAGAGAAGGAAGAUUCCAAUCUGAUGGAGGGCAAGUCUGUCCUGCAGGGCAAACUCACCAAGCUAGCUAUCCAGAUUGGUUAUGCAGGCGUCACCAUAGCUGUUCUCACCACUCUUGUCCUCAUCAUUCGUUUCUGCAUCACCACCUACGGUGUCGACAAGCAACCGUGGGAGACAGGUCAUCUGCAAAGUUUUGUCAACUUUUUCAUCAUUGGUGUGACUGUCCUCGUCGUGGCUGUACCGGAGGGUCUACCCCUGGCUGUUACUAUAUCUCUGGCCUACUCGGUCAAGAAAAUGUUGACGGACAAUAACCUCGUGAGGCAUCUUGAUGCCUGCGAGACGAUGGGGAACGCCACUGCUAUAUGCUCAGAUAAGACUGGUACCCUGACCACCAACCGGAUGACGGUCGUCCAAAUUUACACGGGCUUGAAUCAUCACAAGAAGAUACCGAGCUAUGAGGAGUUUGGUGCCGACCUGAUACAACUGGUUUCUGAAGGCGUCUCUGUUAACAGCAGCUAUGCUUCCAGAUUGCUGGCACCGGAGCAAGAAGGUCAGUUGGCCAGGCAGGUCGGCAACAAGACAGAGUGUGCCCUCCUUGGUCUGGUCGUUGGACUUCAACAAGAGUACCAGGCUAUUCGAGAUCGGUGGCCCGUGGAGCGUUACGUCCAUUGCUACACCUUUAACUCCACGCGCAAGUCCAUGAGCACCGUCAUACCACUGGAGGGUGGUGGCUUCCGGUUAUACUCCAAGGGAGCCAGUGAAAUCAUUAUGAAGAAAUGCACACAGAUUGUAGACGCUAACUGCCAACUGCAGCCCUUCAAUAUGAAAGACAAGGAGUCGACGGUCAAGAACGUGAUUGAACCCAUGGCCUCGGAUGGUCUACGUACAUUGUCCUUGGCGUAUCGUGACUUCGCCGCGGGAGAGGAGGUCAACUGGGAAGAUGAGAACAGCGUCGUGACUAAUCUGAACUGCGUCGCCAUCGUCGGGAUCGAGGACCCCGUCAGAGAUGAGGUACCGCCAGCUAUCAUCCAGUGCCAGAAAGCUGGUAUCACUGUACGCAUGGUGACUGGUGACAACGUAAACACGGCUCGAUCCAUCGCGACUAAAUGUGGUAUUCUCGUCCCUGGAGAAGACUUCCUCGUCCUCGAAGGGAAAGAGUUUAACAGAAGAAUUAGAGAUAGAUUCGGAAAGGUCCAGCAACGCCUGUUGGAUAAGGUCUGGCCCCAGCUUAGAGUGCUAGCUCGGUCAUCUCCAACCGACAAGCACACACUAGUCAAAGGAAUUAUCGACAGUAAAAUAUCGGUUCAUCGUGAAGUGGUAGCGGUGACCGGUGAUGGAACAAACGAUGCACCAGCCCUGAAGAAGGCUGAUGUUGGUUUUGCAAUGGGAAUUGCUGGAACUGACGUCGCCAAAGAAGCCUCCGACAUCAUUCUGACGGAUGAUAACUUCACCAGUAUAGUCAAAGCCGUCAUGUGGGGACGUAAUGUCUACGAUAGUAUCUCUAAAUUUUUACAGUUCCAGCUGACGGUUAACUUAGUAGCUGUGAUCGUAGCAUUCUCAGGGGCGUGUAUUAUCAAUGAUAGCCCACUUAGAGCCAUCCAGAUGUUAUGGGUCAACCUUAUCAUGGAUUCCUUCGCCUCUCUGGCCCUAGCUACAGAGUUACCCACAGCAUCGCUUCUCAAUCGAAGGCCGUACGGCCGCACCAAAGCGCUCAUCUCCAAAAUUAUGAUCAAGUCCAUCUUAGGCCAUGCUGUUUACCAGUUGAUUGUCAUAUUUACCAUUCUCUUUGCUGGUCCUUCUUUAUUCGACAUAGACGACGGUUCAACGAUUGGUCCCACCGGCCCGGCUACCGUUCACUUCACCAUCAUCUUCAACACCUUUGUGUUGAUGCAAGUGUUUAAUGAGAUCAACGCCAGGAAGGUUCACGGAGAGAGAAACGUCUUCUCUGGCAUCCACACCAAUCCGACGUUUCUUGUCAUUGUCAUAGGCACGUUUGGUGUACAGAUAAUACUGGUUGAGUUUGGUUCCAUCGUCUUCAGCACCACUGGCCUGAGCCUCGACGAGUGGGCGUGGUGCUUCUUCCUGGGCAUGGGCUCUCUACUCUGGCAUCAGAUUAUCAUGACGUUCCCCACGCACUGGUUGCCGAACUGCGCAUAUGGCCGCGGGAGUAGUUCGGAGCAACUGCCCAAUAUCACGGAGAUCGACGAGAUCGAUCGAGGCGACUCUAGGGUGGAGCUGAAGAGGGCACAGAUCCUGUGGAUGAGGGGAUUGACACGCCUUCAACAACAGUCCCGUGCUAUUCGUGUGGUCCAUGCCUUCCAGUCAGGGGUGAAUCAUCGUAUCGAGCGUAAGAGCCUGAGCAACUCCGUCCACGAGUUCAUGGCACCACCACUUGGCGAGUCGUACGACAUCGAGCACACCAAGAAGGACGAUGACAGCGCCCCCACGGUCUCCUUUCAUAGCGUAGAGACCACGCUGUAGACCGGGGAUCAGGAAUUGGAAUCUGCCAUCAUCAGGGUUCGGGUUUUUCAACAUCAUGACUAGAAAGCUUCACCAUUGUGUUUGACUGGAGAGUGGCCGAUAUGGCCUCGUAGACACAGUCACAUGACACAUAAAGAUGGUGUUGGUUGGUCAAGAAACCUGACCUUUGACAUCGUAUCCAGGGAAUUUUAUCAACAGACCGUGACUCGUUACUCUUUUAAGUGGUCUACUUAUAUAGAAGCGGAUACCGGUAGUUUGUUUGUUUGGGAAUGGAGAUUGAGUAGUAGAAAAAACGGAAACAGGUUUCAACUGUGAAAGGAGAAACAAUGGUGUAAGAUAUUAAUGUGGGAGGGUUUUAAGGAACGUGCUGAAGUGGGGAAUGGGGGUGUGGGAGUAAUCGGUAGUGUAAGGGGGUGUGAAGGAAAAACGCUGGUUUGUCAUUGGUUGCAAUUUGUACAUAUUCAAAUAAAACUGCAAUGCUGCUGUGUCAUGCUGGGGAGAAUGCUCAUUAAGAAAAGCAUUGUAUAUAAACAGGCACCAAGGAAGCCAAAUGCCGUCUUUCAGUAUUGGAUGCAUAAGAUAUCAAAACCCAAAGGAAGAUGGAGAGGGUUCCCCCCGUUAAGACAUCAGGGAGGCACUUGCCACGCCCUUAUGGGUGUGGCCUGCAUUGUAAUAAUAAGAACAAUUUUUAAAUCUUUGGACAGUUUAAUCAUUAUUCAGGUAAACUGUUUGUUUUUUUCUCUUGUAUGGGUGUUGAGUAUUAUCAAGCUUGGAGCAUGUAGCCAGUAUUUCUCUUGUGUAGUGAUUGGGUCUUUGCUGUGAUCAAGUUUUUGAAAGAAAAAAUAAUUACAAGGAAAAACCAAAAAAAGUUAACAAUUACUUUGAAAUAAAGAAAUGUUCAAUUCUGUUGUUGGACGUCAAUAGGUUUUCAAACCUUACUGCUUCAUUGCUUUGUAGUAGUAUCAACGUGAUAAAUCUGUUUAAAAAUCAAAUCUGUUUGAUGCAGUCGGGGACUGUUUAGCUCCUAAAACUUAAUAACAAAAUACAUGUGAAAUGCCUGUAGAGCUACCAGACAGUCGCGUUGGUCUAAUUGGAGAGACAUCUGUUCUUGAAUGGCAAAACUCUUGGGUUCGAAUCCCACUCGAGUAACCUGCCUGUGAAUUUUUUUUUCUUCACAGAACUCGAGAAAGUACUAAGUAUACAGUGCUCGAUACACAUUAGUGUAAGGGUAACACCAAAUGACAUAUAAAAAUACAUUUGGGCACAGAGACCCAAAGGCCCAGUAACUAAGUAUUUUAUUUCAUUAAUUUAUUUACUUGGUUUGUUCAAGAUGAAUAUUUAGUUCAAUCUGAUAGAUCCCGAGUAAUCACUCCCAAAUGAGUGUGAUCAUCAACCAAGUAGGUCUUUUGGGGGACUGAUAACGCUGAUCAUGUAUUGAUAACGCUGAUCAUGUAUCGUGGACCACAUUCAUGAAAGGAAAGUUCUGAAGGAACUGAGCGUUGUCAGAGCUGAGUUCUCUCACAUUUCUUGUUUUCGCACUACUUGAACAACACACUAUAAAGAAACUAUGAAUACUUCAUUACAAAUAAGCCAACUUAAUGUUCCUUAAAAAAAAAAAGUAGAGAGUUUGUAGACUUUAGUCACAUAGGUUUGAGGCAUUAUAAAUGGAAAUUGUUAACUUUGUGUAUUUUCAUUGAAUAACUGCAAAAUUGACAUAAACGAUUAUUCUGUGCACAAACUUUGCUUUUUUUUUUAUAUACCGAUUAAAUAAUGUUGUUUCUCCUAUUAGUGCUAGUGUUUUUUCUGGAGGGAACUAACAAUGUACAUAACCUUUUUCUCUUCUUGUAAGAAGCCAGCAUUCCUUAAUGGAGUACUCUGUUACCACUGACCUUUCGUUGUGUGUAUAAACUAUGUGUGAACGUGAGACAAAAUAAGUGAUGUAUAAAA